GAGAAGUCUCAAGCAAGGGCCUCCUAGCAAUAGAUUUGAGAUGAGGUAGGUGACAGCCGACAGGCUUACUAUUAUUGGAUUUGGACCUUCAAGUGAUGUAAAUUUAAGGUCAAGAUCAUAUGCUCCGACUCUUUCAUGAUCAUUUUUCAAAAAUACCAGACGCCCCUUCAAAUUUCCAUUAUUCAUUCCCAGACGCCCCUGAAUUUUCCCAAAUAACCAAUCCGACUCUUCCUCUUUAUAUCCUUAUCGACCUUGGACGCUCGUAGUCCGAUAUUCAUCUCUAACAACAGAGUAACUAUGGCGUCCUUGACAACAACCGGCUUGUCCAAAAACCCAUACUCAUACUUCCCAAAAAUCCCAAACAAAUCCCACAAAUCUCCAUCAUUCGUAUUCUUCCAAGAACACAGAAGAUUGGUUCCUCAGAAAUUGACCGUUGUGGUUGUUAAAGCCUCGGCCAGUGGGUCUCCGGGACUCUACUCUGCCCAGAAAUUCGAGCUCACACCCGAGAACGUCGAUUAUGUACUAGAAGACGUUCGACCUUACCUGAUCUCCGAUGGUGGAAACGUCGACGUUGUAUCUGUUGAAAGCGGUGUUAUCUCCCUCAAGCUUCAAGGAGCAUGUGGGAGCUGUCCUAGCUCGACCACCACCAUGAAGAUGGGCAUUGAAAGAGUACUGAAGGAAAAAUUUGGGGACGCAGUAAAGGAUAUUCGCCAAGUAUACGAUGAUGGCAUUAGUGAGACAACUGUUGAGGCAGUGAACAGUCAUCUUGACAUAUUGAGACCAGCCAUUAAGAACUAUGGUGGAGGCGUGGAAGUAUUAUCUGUUGAGGGUGGUGAUUGCCGUGUAAAGUAUGUUGGACCCGAGUCUAUUGGAACAGGAAUUAAAGCAGCAAUCAAGGAGAAGUUCCCAGACAUUGUGAAUGUUUUGUUUACUGGCUAGGAGGGAUUCUCUGGCAAUUCAAAUGAGAAGGAGAUUUUCAUUUGACAUAUGAUGAAGCUUAAAACCCAAAAUUUUAGUACAAUCACUUUAAACGUAUGCUGAAGUGUAUAUAUGUAUGUUCUGAAUUGCCAAUGUGAUCUUUGAUUCCCUUUAUUCGAUAAAUGAUGUUACUUUAUAUAGUCUUUUGUGAGAGAUUCAUCUCAGAAGAUUAUAAACUGUUAGCAUCUUGAUAAGCAGUCAUUACCCCAACGGCUACUUCUGACUGAAAUGAUCAAAUUAUAUAAGCAUUU